AAUUCUCACUCUAUAACAAAUGUGAUGAUAAGUGUGUGAAAGUUAGCUACUUAGAUUUCACCAUGAAAUUCUUCAAAGUUCAUCUAAUUUUCAUCAAUGAAAUGUCAAAGCUUCGCGUCAUUCUAGUGUGUCUUUGUCCUGUAAGUCUCUGUCAGCAUAAAUCUGGCAGAACUGGAGGAGAGAGGAGAUGAAGAUGUUCACCAGUCAUUUAAGUUGAUGGAUAUGUGCAUUAGUUUUUCAAGUUUGUCAAGUAAGAUUAUAUCAGCCCUGCUGAAAGACAUGUCCAAUCUGAAUUUGUCAUUCAAAUACAGUAACUAUCCUUCCUGUUCCAAGCUUAUUUGUAUUUUAUUUCCCUGUAUUUGUCUGCCACAGUGGAUGCCGGUGUAAACCUAUUUCCAAAGUAAAUUCUUUUAUCACAAACUUAGAUCGUACAUGACAUUGAAAUACAUCAUCAAUCGUAUGUAAAUGAAAUGUUUUCAGAGGGAGGGCAGUGACCAAUCUCAUAGGUGUGGCCAAGGUAUAAAAGGCUGGUAUUCAAACCCCAGGUAGUUGUCUGUGUGGUCUGUCCUGAUCAGUUGUAUUAAACUCUGGGAUAGAAUAUUAUUCAUCAGACUAUCCUGAAAUACUGUAUCUUUACCGCACUUGUCUGAUCUACUUGAGUGAGAGGCAGAUUUGCCAUCUGACAUCUUUGUGGACUUGAAGAUUUAUCCAGAGGUGAGUUUUCAGGUUUGUACUUAAUGAUUAAAUAAUUUCAUUUUCAGCCUAUAUAAAGCCUGUAAAGUCUUAAAAAAAAAAAAAGUUAAAAAAAAAAAAAUCUAUUAACUGUGUAUUCCUAAGACAUUGUAAAUACUAUAUAAAGCAACAAUGCAACAAUAAUACAGUGCAACAACAAUGAACUGAAUGUCUUUCAUCUCUCCUGUGUUCCUUCUUUGUUUUGUAUUUUCUCAUUUUAUCUAGUGAUUAUAAUGGCAGAAAGUGAAAGUGGCAACGGAGCACCAGGAAAGGUGUUUAAUGAUCCCAUCCAUGGUCAUGUGGAGUUAAACCCACUUCUUGUCAAAAUCAUUGACACACCUCAGUUCCAGAGACUACGAAACAUCAAGCAGCUUGGAGGGGGCUAUUUUGUUUACCCUGGAGCAUGCCACAACCGCUUUGAACACUCCAUCGGGGUGGCACACUUAGCAGGAGAACUUGCAAAAGCUCUGCAGUCAAGGCAGCCAGGACUCAACAUAACUGAUAGAGACAUCCUUUGUGUCCAGAUUGCAGGUCUUUGUCAUGACCUGGGACACGGGCCCUUUUCUCACCUCUUUGAUGGGAUGUUCAUUCCUGAAGCAUGCAAAGGCCAAAAAAAAUGGAAGCAUGAGGAUGCUUCUAUAGAAAUGUUUGAUCACCUGGUGGAAUCUAAUAAUCUGAGAGAAGUAAUGAGGAUGAAGCCUUACAGCCUGGACGAAAAUGAUGAAAUCUUCAUCAAGGAGAUGAUUAACGGUCCUCAAAAGGAUCCUGAAGCAGCUCAGGCUGAGUGGCCGUACAAAGGACGUGAAGAGACCAAGUCCUUCCUGUAUGAGAUUGUGUCCAACAAGAGAAACGGCAUUGAUGUGGACAAGUUUGAUUACUUUGCCAGGGACUGCCACCACCUGGGCAUCCAGAACAACUUUGACCACUGGCGUUUCAUAAAGUUUGCCAGGGUUUGUGAUGUGGAGGGGGAGAAGCAAAUCUGCUCCAGAGACAAGGAGGUGGGAAAUCUGUACAACAUGUUCCAUACAAGGAACUACUUACAUAGAAGAGCCUACCAGCACAGAGUAACCAAGAGUGUAGAGAUCAUGAUUAAAGAUGCCUUUAUGAAAGCAAAUGAUCACAUCAAGAUUCAAGGUUCAAAAAACAGAAAGUUCAAGGGAAAGGAAAGGAAAGGAAAGUUCAAACUUUCUACAGCCAAAAACAACAUGGUGGCCUACAGCAAGCUGACAGAUCACUUGUUCGAAUACAUACUCUACUCUGAAUCUAAAAAAGAAUCUGAAGAAGAAUCUGAAGAAGAAAUGCAACAUGAAUCGCUAGAAACAUCCGAAGAUGAAUCGCAAGAAGAAUCUGAAGAAUCCAAAAAUCUGAAGGGGGCAAGAGAGAUUCUUCAGAGGAUCGUCUCUCGGGAUCUUUACAAGCUUGUUGGUGAAGCCAUGGAAAUGGACCACCCAGGAAGCCAAAGAAACCCAGAUGCUAAAGACACUUGGAAAAAGGAACUGACUGAAGCCCUCAAGGCUAAAUUUUCACCUGAUGACUUUGAAGUUGUUGUCGUCACUUUUGACUAUGGGAUGAAAGACAAGGACCCUCUUGCUGAGACAUAUUUCUAUGGAAAGGAGGAUCCUGACAAACCACACACAAUCGAACCAGAUGAAGUGCGCAGCUUUCUUCCAGCACGCUUUUUUGAGAACAUCAUUCGGGUUUACUGGAAGAACACUGAUAAGACAAAACUCAACACUGCCACAGGAUUGUUUAGUGGAUGGUGUGAGGAGAACAGAUUUAAAGUACUGAGGGAACUGGCACCGUGAAGCUGAAGAUGAAGAUCAAAAUCAAAAUGAAAAGUGACAAAGGAAGAAACACUCUGACACUGGUACAGUGAGAGUGAAUAUGAUGAAAAACAUUAAUUAGGACAGAAAACCUUCAUCUUCAAAAACUCUAAUGUAAUUGACACUAUUUUAACAACUUAAAGAAAUUAGAAGAGUAUAUACACAUGAAUUAUUGCUUAUUCAGGCCUGUAUGCUGCUUUUAUUUUUUUUAGCUUUUAUUCUUUUUUAGACUUGCUUCCUUUUGCAUAUGGCACAUAUACAAUACAUAAACGAAUCACUGUGUAUUAUGUUGUUGACCAUCAGAUGUAGUUUAUUAAAAUGUCAUGUUUGUGAUAUUCAGGUAUCAGUCACAGACUUGUUUCUAUGUUCUCAGGAACUGUGAGGCUUUUAAAAGAGGUGAAUCAAAUGUGUGACGGAGUCAUUUAAUGUGAAUAUUUAGUUUGUGUUUGGGGUCUAAUUAGUGGUUUUUGGUUUUAAUAUUAAUUAUAAUAUCCAGUGUGUAAUUCUAUGACAUAUUUUGAUUUUGGAUGGGUUUUCAUCACAUUCUUGUUUCAUACAUAGCCAUUGUUCAUUUAUACUGGCUUCUUAAUAUGAAAUAAGAUAUAAAUAAGAAAUAAGAUCAUAAUCAUUUAAACUCAAACCAUUAUAUGUUACUAUCAUUUCUUCACUGUAUUAAAUCCUAAUAGCUCAGCUCACAUAUAUGUGAUUAAGGCAUAGUUUGUGUAUUGUUGUGUUUGAUUCACUGUGUGCAAAUUCAUUGUAACUCAAUAGUGUAAUGUGUGUCUAACUGGGAAAGCUAAAAGGUUAACAGAGCCUUUGAAUUGUACUCAGUUCAGGUGAUCAGUGGUGUCUGAUUGAUAGAAUAAAGCU